AUGUCCGCGCAACAGCCCCGGACCGUGACAUACGGCCGGCAUCGUGCUCUGCAGACCAUCUCAGUCACUCCGCUGGCCCGCCAGGACGGCUACUGGGUGAUGUACUUUGCCCCUCUACUCCACCAUUUAUUCCCGAUAAGAGUAAACAAGCAAGCUGACCAGGUAAUUGAACACAGCUACAUCCACGGCGGCGCAUGGCGUGACCCAACCGUAACCUCCGCAGCAUUCGAUGCCACCGAGUCCAUCCUGCGCAAGUCUCCCGACCUCCCAAUCGCUGGCUACGCCUCCAUCUCCUACCGACUAAGCGCGCACCCGAACCACCCACAAGAUCCGCAAAGCACUCCAUCAGACGAGUUCCGUGAUGCGAAGCACCCAGAUCACAUCCGCGACGUGGAAGCCGCGCUCACAUUACUCCAGAGUACAUACGGCUUUGGGUCCCGAUACAUCCUUGUCGGACACAGCUGCGGCGCGACACUAGCCUUCCAGACCGUCAUGGGCGCUGUCGCGGGACACCGCGAACAAUCGAUUACCACGGACGCAAACGAGCCCGGCACAGGCGCCGAGAGGGUCAUCUCGUCUCCGGGCUCGCUACCUCCGCGACUGAAGGCGCAUCCGACAGCCAUCGUCGGCGUGGCGGGGAUCUACGAUCUGCGCAAGCUGCGUGAUACACACAGAGAGAUCUCUGCGUACCGCGAGUUCAUUGAGGGUGCAUUUGAGACAGACGAGAAACUGUGGGACGCGGUUUCGCCGGCACAGAUGGUCGGUUCGCAUGGUGUGGAGGGUGGAUGGAAGGUGGGGAGACUGGCUGUCCUGGCGCAUUCGAGCGAUGACGAGCUUGUGGAUGAGGUUCAGCUGGAUUCGAUGCGGGCGUCGCUUCGAGGAUGGGAAGACGCUGACGCACAGGUAUCUGUUGAUGAUGAAUUGGCGUCCAAACGCAGGCGCGUCUGUGUUCUUCCUCUCAGUGGCGCUCACGAUGAGAUUUGGAGCAAUGGCGAGGAGCUGGCUCGCGCCAUUAUAUUCGCUUUUCGAGAAUUGCAGGAUAUGGGGCUGGCUUUGCGAUAG